GAAAAAAGCUUCAAAAUUGCUAAAAUGGCUUUGAAACGAGGCGAUACUGUUGAUAUACAUGUUCGAUGUCGGUGUUGUUUUGUAGAGAAUAGCUCCAGGGACCUAUGGGCGGAAUAUAUUUGCGAUGGAAAAAUCGAAGUGUACGGGGAUAUGCUCGUAGAAUGUUUUGGUUUGCCUCUGGUCGAGCCAUUGGAGUACCGUGAACAGAUUUGCGAAUCUUGCGUGGUGAGGUUGCGCGAUGCCGUCAACUUCCGCCAGGAUGUGGUGGCCACCAACCAACUCAUACUUGACAGACUCUAUGAGGAUCAGAAAAGUCCUGAAACCAACACCCAGUUCCAAUACAAUUUACGAGUGCAGCACUUGAAGAAACCAAAAGAGGAGAAAAGGGACAAAAACAUUAAAAUAGAAAUUAAAAAGCAAGAAGAAGUACAAGAGGAGGAAGAAGAAUUCUUCCUUAUACAGGCCGAAGAUGAAGAUGACAUCAAAACAGAACAUGCAGAUAGUCUGAUAGAUGAUGAAGACGACGAUCUCUAUGUACCGGACGACUCGGUCAGCUCUCAGGACGAGGAGUACUUUGAAAUCGAGUUUUUGGAGGACGAUGAAGAUGCUAAGAAAGCUCAAACAGUACAACCACGAAUUUCAAAACGCAAACGCAAGGCAACUGGUCGUCCUUACAAACAAUAUUCUGAGAACCAACUCCGCGAAGCCGUCGAGGCAGUCAGAACUGGCCGCAUGACAAGGACUCAGGCCUCGGUCCACUAUUCAGUGCCUUCGAAGACGCUGUCUGCGAGAGUUAAGAGGAUUGCUGAUAGUGGAGAAGACCUAACGAAAACACCAGUCUGCUACAACUACAAUUUAAUCAAAGAAAUUCAAACCAUCCUAACCUAUACGAAUGCAACACCUUAUAAGUCGAAAUCGGGAAGAUAUUAUUGCGCGUACUGCUCCACAGAGGGCCCCGUGUUCGAAGACGCGGACGAUUUGAGAUUACACUGCAAAACUGAACAUGCAGCGGAAAGAAUACGCGGAAUCGAAAGCAUCAUGCGACCGGCAUGGAAAAACGAGGUCCUGAAAAUGGACAUCGCAAAUCUGCACUGCACAUUUUGCUUCACAGAAAUAGACCACUGGAACGGAAUGUUCAGUCACUUGAAGACAAAACACGACGUGGACUUAGAUGAGGCGUAUUCUAAGGUCAUACCGUAUUGUCUGACUGCUGAUUUACUGUGUUGCCUUUGCAAUGCCAAAUUUCCGACAUAUCAUAUGUUAGACAGCCACAUGAAUGCACACUACAAUAACUACGUGUGCGGACAAUGCGGUGAGACUUAUAUAUCUGAGACCAGACUCAAAAAACAUUCCGAAACGCACAUGAGUGCGAGGUUCAAGUGUGAGUUCUGCGACAAGGUCUUCACCCUGGACAGAUACCGGCGAAAGCAUAUGAACUACGUCCAUAAGAAAAACAUGAAGUUCAAAUGCGUUUACUGCCCAGAAGUGUUCAAUGGUGAAUAUCCGAGACAUUUCCACUGCUUGGAAGCCCAUAAAGAGAAAGUAAAGACGAUUUCUUGCGAGGUGUGCAACAGAAAAUUCGAUUGGCGUCCUUAUUAUCUGAAGCAUAUGAGGUUGGUUCAUAGAGAGAGAAAGAAGAAGCAUAAGUGCAGUGAGUGCCCGAAAUAUUUCUCGAUGAAACACCAACUGCAUAAGCAUGAGCAGUGGCAUAAAGGUGAGCAUAAAAGAGAGUGCGCAAUCUGCCUGAGACAAUUCUCAUCGGCCCAAUAUUUGCGAAAACAUUAUGCUAAGCAUCUUGCAACGCUUAACGAGGCCUGACGCGUUUGUGUCGGUUUUCAUAAUUUUCCUUAUUAAACGAGCUUGUUAUUCAGUAUUCCGGGACCCUGAGUAUCAACCACGUCCUCUAAGACGCAGAUAAAAUUGUAAACUGUUGACAAUUCUGCCCUCCCGUCUGUGUCGGUUUUCAUAAUCUUCCUUACCAAAAAAACUUGCUAUUCAGUAUUCCAGGACCCAGAAUAUCAACCAUGUGUUCUAAGACGCAGAUAAAAUUGUAAACUGUUGGCAAUUCUGCCCUCCCGUCUGUGUCAGUUUUCAUAAUCUUCCUUACUAAAAGAGCUUGCUAUUCACUAUUUCGGGUCCCAGAAUAUCAACCACGUCCUCUAAGGCGCAGAUAAAAUUGUAAACAGUUGACAAUUCUGCCCUUCCGACUGUGUCGGUCAUAAUCUUCCGUACUAGAAGAGCUUGCUAUUCAGUAUUCCGUGACCUAGAAGCUCAACCACAUUCUCUGAAACGCAGAUGAAAUUGUAAACAGUUGACAAUUCUGCCCUCCUUAUCAUAACUAACGUGAUCGACGCCUUAGCGAAAUUGAGUUAUAAUUUUUUUCAUGAAAUAAUUUUCUUAUUAAUAACUUUUUAUUUAAAAAAAACCUACUUUAAAAGUUUGCUUACGUUACGGCAUUUUUAUUGGAAUUACAUCUGUUUGCCAAGUUUGAAUCAAAUCCUUGGUUUCAGUGGAUUCAUUCCUUAGUUUGCCACCCUUAUUUUCUUCAAAUUUAAAUGGGACCAAUAUUGAGCUACCCUCUUUCAACAA